AUGUCAGUGACGGUUUUCAAUUCUGGAGAAGAGGUGAUUCAAAGAAAGAUUGAGUGUGUGCCCCAAGCUUUACAAACAGACAAUGUGGACGAUGUUUACGAAAUCAACAAAUCUGUAGUGUGGAUCACACAAGGUGGUUUUAAGAGGGUUGCACUCCAGUUUCCAGACGAACUGCUUGUUGAUGCAGCCUACGUGGCAGCUCGGAUUCAAGAAAAAGUUGAAGAUGCCUUAGUUUUUAUUCUUGGGGAUACCUCCUAUGGCAGCUGCUGUGUUGAUGAAAUAAGUGCCCAACACUACAAGGCUGACUGUAUAAUCCAUUUUGGUCGAUCGUGCUUGAGCCCAACUGGCCGCCUGCCUGUGCUGUAUAUAUUUGGGAAAUCAAAUAUCAUUGUUGAUGACUGUGUGCACCAGCUUGCAGAAGUAUGCUCAGAUACAUAUAUGAAGGCAGUACUAGUCUACGACACAGUGUAUUCACAUGCAAUAGAUGAGAUAUUUUCCAAGCUCAGAUGCAUUUUCAAGCACCUAAUCUUAUCAGAAUUAGCAGUUCCAAAGCAUCUGCUGACUUCAACCACAAGCCAAGGCUCGGAAGUCAGUGACAUUGUUACUUCACCUGUAGCAGAUGAUAUAGUUGUGAACCACACCUCACAGGCUACAAGUUCCUCAAAAUCCCAGCCUGCUUCAUCAUUUAUCAGUAAAUAUGGAAGGACUAUUGAAAUACCCAUAACAGAAGACAUAGAUAGCUACAGUUUUAUAUUUAUUGGGGACACAGAAGGUUCAUCCUUAACGAAUUUAAUGAUGACAUUUAACAGAUGUCCGUUUUAUUCAUAUAAUCCUUUAAAUAUGAAAAGCCGUAAGGAAACAUUAAAUGUAAACAAAGCUCUCAUGAAAAGAUAUUAUCUCAUCGAAAGAGCAAAGGAUGCAAAUAUUGUAGGAAUUGUUGUCGGGACUUUAGGAGUAGCUAGCUAUAGAAAUGUUAUUGAACAUUUGAAAUUGCUGUUGAAGAAAGCUGGCAAGAAGAGCUACACGUUUGUGGUUGGCAAGUUAAAUCCGGCCAAACUGGCAAACUUUGCAGAAGUGGACAUUUAUGUGCUGGUAGCUUGUCCAGAAAGUACCUUACUGGACCAGAGCGAUUUCUAUCGUCCAAUUGUAAGUCCAUUGGAAAUGGAGAUUGCGUGCAACCAGGCAAGGGAGUGGACAGGGGAGUACAGCACUGAUUUCAGAGACAUUUUGCCAGGAGCAUCAUUACAUGUGGAGAAUGCAGACACUGGGGAAGGAGACAACAUUAGAACUGAUGUGUCACUGAUCAGCAAUCGGGUUAGAGCACUGGGUGUUAAAGAGACCACAGGAGUCAGCAGUGUCUCUAGUCAAGAUUUGCUUUUGAGAUCUGAAUCAUUAGCAGUGGCUUCUUUGGCUGAAAAUGCUGGAGAGUUCCUGGCCAGCAGAUCCUGGAAGGGCCUGGAACGGAAACUAGGAGAGACACCCGUUAUCAAGGCAGCAGAAGGGCAGUUUGGGAUUGCUGCAGGUUAUCAACAUGAACUAGCUGAUGUUUGA